UAAUAAAGUAAUAAACUAUGCACUUCAAUCGCUCUCCAAAUUCGCGGGAAGGCCAUGGCUGUUGGUCAGUGCAGCUCACUUCUCUGGUCGUGCAGACCAUGCACGCCGAGAAUACCUUUAUUCCCUUUCGCGCCCUCUCCCAUUCUUUCGACUCUUAGCCCCACUCCCAUUCGCGCAAAUUCCAAACAAUUGAGGCUUUCAACUGCCAGGAUUGGUAGGGUUGUUUCUGCUGUGGUUUCUGAGGAAAGCGCAAUUCAGUCGAGUUUCGCCGGCACUGAUGGGUUCAAACUCACUUACUUGGAGGGGAAUAGUUGGUUGUGGGAUGUGGGUGGGUUGAAAAUAUUGGUCGAUCCAAUCUUGGUGGGUAAUUUGGAUUUUGGGAUCCCCUGGCUUUAUGAUGCUGCCAAGAAGUUUUUGAAGAAUUUCCAGCUAAGUGAUCUUCCAGAAGUUGAUUGUUUACUAAUCACACAAAGCCUCGAUGAUCACUGCCAUUUGAAGACUUUAAAGCCGCUUUCUGAAAAGUACCUGAAUCUUAGAGUAAUAGCUACACCCAAUGCUCAGACAUUGUUGGAUCCCCUUUUCAGCAAUGUCACAUAUAUGGAACCUGGUCAGAGCUCCAUAAUUGAAGCAAGAAGUGGUUCUACAGUCAAAGUACAGGCCACUGCAGGGCCUGUUCUUGGUCCUCCUUGGCAGCGCCCUGAAAAUGGAUAUCUUGUCAGUUCUCCACAAGGGAAAUUUACUCUUUACUAUGAACCCCAUUGUGUAUACAACAAGAGUUCAGUGGAGAAGGAAAGGGCUGACAUUGUCAUCACGCCGGUCAUAAAGCAGCUUCUGCCUAAAUUUACUUUGGUGUCUGGACAAGAAGAUGCAGUUGAACUUGCAAAGCUGCUGCAUGCCAAGUUCAUUGUCCCGAUGACAAACGGAGACUUGGAUAGCAAAGGGCUUCUUGCUAGUUUAGUUCAGGCUGAAGGAACAAUAGAAUCAUUCAAGGAACUUUUGUCCAAGGAAUUACCAGAUGCGCAGGUACUGCAGCCUACUCCUGGUGUACCUCUAGAGAUCCCGCCACUUUCCAACCUCCCAUAAUUUGUUUUUGCAGAUACACAGAAACUGUAGCUCCUUGAAAAUAUGUACAUCUUUAUCAAAUCAAAUUUGUAAUUUGCCAAA